AUGCAAUGGCAUCACCGAGAUCUCCUUGACUCCGCUGGCAGUGUUAGUGUGCCUCGUUUGCCUGUGACAAGGGCAGUGCGAAGUAUGGUGACAAAGUUCUACCAGCACAUUCUGGCCUUGGCGUUUGCUGUCAAGGAAGUUAACAAGAGUCCAAACAUAUUGCCCAACAUCACACUCGGGUUCCACAUCUAUGACAGCUACAACAGUGCCAGGAUGACCUACCGUACCAAUCUUGACCUGCUCUUCAACGCCGAGAGAUUUUUCCUCAAUUACGAAUGUGGCUCCAAGAAGAGGCUCAUGGCCAUCAUUGGAGGACUUGGCUAUGAUUUUUCUAUGCAUAUGGCAAACAUCAUAGGCCUUUAUAAGAUUCCACAGUUCACCUGUGGCACAAUUGUGGCAGAGGAGAGAACUACAGGGGUCCGUUCCUUUUAUCACAUGGUCCCGAAUGAAGCCCAUCAGUAUAUGGGGAUUAUCCGUCUGCUUCUUCACUUUCGGUGGACAUGGGUAGGGCUCAUUGUUGUGGAUAAUGAGAAUGGAGAAUAUUUCCUACAGAGCCUGGAGCUCAUGUUUUCCCAAAAUGGAAUCUGUUCAGCCUUCACAGAAAGAAUCCCCGAACUAAUUACCUUUGAUACUGUAGGAGACCUCUAUGCUGUAGUCUCAACUAUGUAUAUACCUUUCACCAAUAAAAGAGUCAGUGCAUUUAUUCUGUAUGGAGAAGCUUUGGAAAUUUUAUCGCUGAGAUUUUUUAUAUUUCUCCAUGAUCCUAGAAAUGAGGAAACUGCAUCAUUUAGAAUGGUGUGGAUUAUGACAAUGCAGAUUGAUUUCAUAUUAACAGGCCUUCAAAGGAGCUGGGAUUUACAUGUGUUCCAUGGUGCCAUUUCCUUCACAGUUCGCUCAAAAGAAGUUCAAGGGUUUGAGGAAUAUCUUCAGAGGAUCAAUCCUUACAGGAUCCAAGGAAAUGGUUUUCUCAGGGACUUUUGGGAGCAAGCAUUUGACUGUUCAUUUCCAGAAAGCAAGGAUCUCAUAAAUGUUGAUGGAGCAUGUAUUGGGGAGGAGAGGCUGGAGAGCCUUCCUAUGGCAGUGUUUGAAAUGCAGAUGACUGGCCACAGCUAUGGUGCUUAUAAUGCUGUCUAUGCUGUGGCACAUGCUUUGCAUGUCCUUUCCUUAUCUACAAUGUACCACAGGAGGAAGGUCAGGGGGGGAGAUUUGGAUCAUCAGAAUCUCCAGCCUUGGGAGCUCCACCCACUUCUUCAAGGCAUUUCAUUCAAUAACUCAGUGGGAGAAAUGCUGUCUUUUAACCAUAAAAAGGAAAUGGGAGGUGGAUUUGACAUCACGAACGUGGUGGUUUUCCCAAACAGCUCCUUCCGUCGAGUGAAAGUGGGAAGUGUGGAUCCCAAUGCUUCUGAAGGAAAUGAAUUCACCAUUAAAGAGAAUAUAAUUGAAUGGCAUCAAGGUUUUAACCAGGGCCUUCCCCUUUCUUUGUGCACCGAUCCCUGCCGUCCAGGGUAUCAAAAGAAAACCAAGAAAGGAGAGAAAUCUUGCUGCUACAGUUGUGAUCUGUGUCCAGAAGGGAAGAUUUCCAACCAAACGGACAUACCCGACUGUUUUAAAUGCCAAAAAAAUCAGUACGCCAACAAGGACGGAAAUGAAUGCAUCCCCAAAACCAUGAGCUUUCUGUCUUAUGAAGAGCCUUUAGGGAUCACUUUAGCUUCCAUUGCUGUAACUUUUUCCCUGAUUGCAGCUUUGGUCCUUGGGAUUUUUAUUAAGCAUAAAGACACCCCCAUCGUCAAAGCAAACAACCGGGAUCUUACUUACACACUCCUUGUCUUCCUACUAUUGUGCUUCCUCUCUUCCUUGCUGUUCCUUGGCGAACCUGGGAAAGUGGCAUGCCUGCUGCGACAACCAACUUUUGGUAUCAUCUUCUCAGUGGCCGUUUCCUGUGUGCUGGCAAAAACCAUCACUGUGGUUCUAGCUUUCGUGGCCACAAAGCCAGGGUCUAGGAUGAGGAAAUGGCUGGGGAAAAGACUGUCCCGUUCCAUUAUCUUUUCCUGCUCCCUUAUUCAAGCAGGCAUUUGUGCUGUGUGGCUGGCAACCUCUCCCCCAUUCCCUGAUUUGGACAUGCAGUCACUAACUGGAGAAAUCAUUGUGGAAUGUAAUGAAGGGUCUGUCGCCAUGUUUUAUUGUGUCCUGGGCUACAUGAGCUUCCUGGCCAUCGCCAGCCUCACUGUGGCUUUCUUUGCCAGGAAGUUGCCGGACAGUUUCAAUGAAGCUAAGUUCAUCACCUUCAGCAUGUUGGUCUUUUGCAGUGUUUGGUUGUCUUUCAUUCCAAGCUACCUGAGCACAAGAGGAAAAGAGAUGGUGGCUGUGGAGAUCUUCUCCAUCUUGGCCUCCAGUGCUGGCUUACUGGGUUGCAUCUUUUCCCCUGCAUGCUACAUCAUUGUGCUUAGACCCCAGUUGAACAACAGGGCACAACUCAUGAGGAAGUCUGAAUGGCACUCUGGAGUGCCUACCGGGUGGAAACCCAAGUGUUUCCGCCUUCCCCCUCCCCUGUGUUUGGACAUGGGUUCCCCCUUUCCAUUUGUGGCAAUCCCUGCCAGCCUGGAUAUCAAAAGGAAAACAAGAAAGCCCAAGAAUACACAGAAACAGAGCACCCGUGUUCUGGGAAACCUCCCAAUCCACUGUGCUCAGAGCAUGCAGCAGUGUGAGAUUGCUGGAUGCAGUGUGGGAUUCCUGUGGGGACCUGUCAUCCUGGCUCAUCGGAGCAUGAUCGUCUGGGACCAUGUCUGCACUCCCAGCACACUUCUAAUUAUGGGAGAAAGUGUGGUGACAAAGUUCUUCCAGCAUGUCCUGGCCUUGGAGUUUGCCACAAAUGAGAUCAACAAAAAAACCCAGAUCUUGCCCAACGUCACACUGGGGUUCCACAUCUAUGACAGCUACAACAGUGCGAGGAUGACCUACCGUACCAAUCUGGACCUGCUCUUCAAAUCAGAGAGAUUUUUCCUCAAUUAUGAAUGUGGCAACAAGAAAAAGCUCAUGACCAUCAUUGGAGGACUUGGCUCUGAUUUUUCCUUCCAUAUGGCAAACACAGUAGGCCUUUAUAAGAUUCCGCAGGACCUUAACUUAUAA